GAGAAGUAACUCUUUAUCAGUUUCAUUUUUCCCUUUUCUUAUUAAUGUUUAGGCUAUUGCUUGACAUUUAAAACACAAAUGAGCAAGGACAAUGCAAAUUUUACAAGUUUGAAGGAACUUCUAUCCUGCGACUCGAGUCGACGGGUGUUCAACACAUUGGUUACUGUUCGAAAGCUAAUAUCCAAAGAUAAAAAUGGUGUUGCUAAAAUGUUGGCCGCAUCUGUCAUCUCAAAGAUUGUUGAAAUUCUUAGAACACAAGACCCCGAGUCAGAACACACUUCCACCGCUGAUAUCAUACUCAGCAUCCUGGGCAAUAUGGCCAUGGAUACGAAGGCUAGACUGGCUAUUUGUCAGGCAGGUGGAGUUGGAGUGGUUGCAAAUCAGUUUGUAAAGACAAGUGUACCCAGUAUUCAGCUUCGAAGCUGUCGUGUUCUGGCCAAUCUGGCUAUUGAUAGGGACAACUGCCAAGUGAUAGCCGAGUGUGAUGACGUCUUUCUGCGGACCGUCAAACUCCUACAAGAAGCCAGUAACGUAGACCUGAUCACUGUCUGUUGUCGAGCACUGAGGCUGUUUGGACAGACUGCGGCAGAAAGGAAGAAGCUCAUUGGACAUGGUGCAGUUUUGCCAUUGUCGAAGCUGCUAAAGAAGGAUGACUCACAGUUGGUGACGUCAUCACUGAGGAGUCUUUGUGAACUGUCGGCUUCAGGGUGUUCUGGAAGUUUUGCACAACAGGUUUUAGAUGCUAAUAUUCUCGAAGAGCUGGUCAAGUUAGUGGAUGAUGCUGAUAAUACCACAUCCCAGAAUGCACUUUCCCUUCUGCUUCAUCUGACUGACAUCUCGGACAUCCGACCAUCCAUUGGAGCCGCUGGUGGUAUUCCACUUCUCAUCCGACUGAUGACAGACCAGCGGACACACGUGAACAAGAUCUCGGUUAUCAACGCGAUCUGCCUCUGUGGCAAGGAGGCUGUGAACAGAGUAAAGAUUCGCGAACACGGAGGUCUCCAGCUUUUCCUAAAGUCGCUGCAAGACAAACAGUAUUCUGUGGUCCAUGAUAGACUCAUCAGUGGCUUGGUUUGCUUCCAUUAUGAUGAUGCCAGCAUUGAUGUUCUUCUCGACAACGAGCUGGUUUCCGUCUUGCUGCAACACCUUCAGAGAUCUGCUCACUUUGUGUCGGUGGCCGAGAGCUUGGAUGUUAAAACACAAGUGAAGAGAAUCAGAGACACACGUCAAUCAUCUCCGGCUGAAUCUGUGCCUAGACUCUGCGAUAUGUCUGUGGCUGAAGGUGGUUCUGGACUGCGUAGCACAUCUAUGGCUGAAGUUAGUCCUGGAGUGCAUAACACAUCUGUGGCUGAAGUUAGUCUUGGAAUGUGUAACACAUCUGUGGAUGAAGUUAGUGUUGGAGUGCGUAACACAUCUGUGGAUGAAGUUAGUCCUGGAGUGCGUAACACAUCUGUGGAUGAAGUUAGUCCUGAUACCAGGGUUGGACAAGGUAAAAGGAGAUUAUUUGACAAGUCUCCCGUUCAUCCAGGAGGGCAGAAAACUGAUCAGUCUGAAAAUGAAGCAGGAAUCAAGGAUGAGAAGCCCGGUUCAAGUCAUGAUCCCGUGUUCAGCAUUGAUAGUCCGACAUACACCAUCAACACAGAGUGGACAAUGGUCAGCACAUCCGUUGGUGUUGGCAACAGACAGAGAUUGUCAACAAACUCUUCAGUCAGUCCACGUCUGCCUGCCGCCCAGUACAGUCCUCUGAGUAAUGAGUCAGUGAUGUCAUCACCGUCCAUGUGCUCAUCACUGUUCAGUCCUCCGUCCAGUCCUGCAUCGGCCACCAGUCCACUCAACAUCGAUAUGUAUGGCCCGAUCGGUAGCAAGUCCUACAUGUGCAGCAGUUCACCCCCCAAGUUCUCCCCCCUGGGCUGGUCACCACCAGGCAGUCACGGCAGCGAUGACGUAUGCACGUGGCACUAUUCCUCGGAAGAGGAUGAGGAGGAUCCAACUGAUUUGUUCAGGGAUAUUCCCGAGAAAGAACAGCUGCAGGAAAGCAUUACAGCUGUUAAGGACAGGAUGAUACAUCCAUCACCAUGUCAUCAAGCUGACGAAUGUAGUAACCCUGAAACUACGUCCAGCCAGCCUAGUCAAACAAAGGUUAAUACUGCACACACUAGUGGUGGAAGUUUCCAUAAUACAGUUUGUGUAAAACCAACCAUAUGUGAAGAUGUUCUUACAGACACUGUUGACAUGUGUGUUUGGAAAGGGAAGAGAACGGUUUCGGCACGAUCCCCAGAAAGCCAGACACUCGACUUGACUGAAAACAUUCCUAAGAGGUCCAAACCAGACUCGACAAAACCUAACAUAUUGAAGACGACAGAAAAGAAUAUUUUGAUUUUGUUGUCUAGAAUAUCGGUAAAGACUGACCCAUCACCAUAUCUGAUUGUCAGUCCGGUGUUAUCCUGCCUGUUAGACUACCUCACGCUGUCCUCCACACCUCAGUCAAGAUGUAUUCGCACACUGUCACGACUUUUGAGAAAUCCACACUGUCUAGAACCACUGCUCAGAAUUGCUGCUCCUGUUUUCAUCUACAAGAACCUUUUGCUGAACGAUGAAGGUGUAGAUAACUCUGCCUAUCAGCUGUUCAACCGGAAGAAGACGGAAAGACGAAGCAGUUGGUCUCCGCAGUCGAGUGAUUCUAGUUUCAGCAUUUCAUACGAUCUCGAUUUGUCAAAGUACAGGCUUGUAGCCGACCCGCAGCCAUCCUCUCCCGUUAGAAUGGAGCACGAUUUCGACUACGACAGUGGUAGAUCUCUAUCGGGUAACAACUGUGCCUUGGAUGACUGGGUCAUUGACGUGGCGGGAACAGGACUCAGUCUGCUCAAGGACUUGAGUUUUUCUGCAGCGUCACCGUUUGGACGAGGAGUGAUCUCGCACAUUCUGCUGCGGAAGGAGAAACAUAUUCAGAUUCUCUGUUCCGUGUGUCUCCUGUAUCUGUGUUGGAGUCCUGGGAUGCAACAGCACUAUUUGAUCAGCAUGAAAGUAAUUGACAAGAUGCUGUCAUUUCUGCAAUCAGGGGAUGUGGGGCCACUGUUCAGUGCCAUCCUAUGUGGAGUUAUCUUUCUUGUCAAGAUGGUUGAUAGACCUUCAGCACUGAAACAAACAGGAACUAGAGACAGUUUUAGAUCUAUAUUUGCAAAAUCUGCUUCAGCCGAUUUUCAGUCGAGCUGCCACUAUAAAAAAGAACAUUUUGAUCUUUUCUUUUUAAUUGGUGACAAGAGAAUUGGGUCAAACCGGAAAACCUUAAUAAACAAGUCUUCCGUGUUUUCAGCCAUGUUGGAAGGACAUUACACUGAGGCCAGCCAAUCGGAGAUAACGAUACCAUGUAUAUCCCAUGAUGCUCUGCUCUAUGUCCUGCACUAUCUCCAUGGCUGCGACUUGAACUGCUCCGUUGUCUUGCAGAUGGAGGGGGGUGAAGUGGAGGAGAAUGUUUUGGUUGAUGUAAGUCUGGACGUCCUGGCACUGGCAGACCAGUAUCUUCUCACUGACCUUGCUCAUUACAUGAAGGUCAUUUUGUCGUCCAGGCUACUCAGUUCAGAUUCGAUUGCGAGAAUAUUGCAGUUCUCGGUGUUCCACGACUUCAGAGAUUUAUGUAUGGACUGUGUGAAGGAACUUUUCUUCCUGCCAGUUUCAAUUUCCUGCAAAUCCAGCAUCAUCCAUGAACUGAUGAAUACUGGCAAAGCUCAGACACUUACUGAAACAAUUCGACAGUUAAUUGGUGAAGGAGCAAAAUAUCCGUAAUGACAUUUUAUUUGUUGGUAAAUUUUAUUCCAUGUGUGAAAGAACUUUCCUACAUACCUGUUUCAGUUUCAUGAAUUGUUCAACACUAACAAAGCUCAGACACUUACUGAAAUAAUUUGACAGUUAAUUGAUAAGGAGUGAAAUACUAGUAUCCUUAACUUUUAUUCCAUGGUAAAGUAUAAGACCUCUUGUUCACAUGACUCAGAGGUUCGAUAGGAUGCAGGAUCGCUCAUCAUCAGUGGAAUUCAGGCUUUUCUCCUAUCACAUCCAGUGUGCCGUAACUAGUUCAUUAAAGUCUUGGUAUAUACUGUUCCACCUUUGAGGUGUAUAUAAAAUAAUCUGGCUGGGGUUUUUAAAUAUCAGUAGCCUAUGUGGCAACAGGUGUCUUCUCUUGACCAACUGUCAAAAUAGCCGUAGUUUAAAAUAUGCGGUGUUGUUAAACAACAUUCCUUACUAAUUUAGAAAGUGGAGAACAGGGAAUAUCAUGAAUCCCGGUUUAUGCAGGGAUGGAAUUUAAGAAAUAUUUACACUGGUCUAGGGGACUAGUAUCCUUAAAAAGUUACUAGUCCCCCCAAGAAAAAUCACUAGUAGUCCUACUAUUGGGACAUACCAAUCUAUAUUUUAGCAAGCUAAUGAGGAACACACGUUACAUAUGAAGGGCAUCAUAGUAUCAUGGCGAAAUAGCCAGACAGUCUGCAUCUUAAAAUAUAGGCCACAUCAGCUUGGAUUACUGUUCAGGGGACCGGUGUGAUUUAAACUGUACUCGUCUCCAGUGAUUUGUACUCGCCUGGAACGAGAUGGAAAGUGUCUGUUUCCAUCCCAGGUUUAUGUACUAUACAAAGAGAACAGUUGUGAUAUCAGUAUAAUGUGUGGUCAAACACAAAAUUCUUUAAUGCUGUAAAAUAUUUAUAGAUGUAUUUGGCACUUUAUUAAAUGAACAUGCUUGUCAGA